AUGGAAGACGAUAAUACUACAAAUGUAGAGCUUAAUACUUAUUCAGAACCACCAACAAUUAUUACAGAGGAUGAGAAUGGAAAUACUCAUGCUGAAAUCCCAACAGUAGAAAUUAAGAAACUUAAUCUUCCCUAUCGUAAGGGGUUCAGCAAUGCUGGGGAAACUCUUACACCUGUCGAGCUAAAAGUUAGUGGAGAACUUCCUUCAUGGUUAAGUGGUGAACUUUACACAGUAGGUCCUGGCACAUACGACAUAAAAUACACCCGUAUGAUCGAAAGUGAAGGAGGAUUUGAAAGUGCCACAGAAACAUUCUCAAUGGGUCACUGGUUUGAUGGUUUACCACUCGUUAAUCGAUUUGAGUUUGAUGGAAAGGAUGGUAAGAUUAAAUAUCGGUCAAGAAUUACCAGUAGAAAAUAUGAAAUUAAAAUACGCGAUCAUCAUGGUAUCGUUACGAGACAUCCUUUUACAUUAUUUAAGACUCAUGCAAAUCAAACGCCUCUGGCAAAAUUAUUUGGACAAAAACGUACAGAUAAACCUGAAAUGGAACCUUGUUCCGUUAAUAUUAGUACAAAAUUUCCAUUUUACAAAUCUGGCGAAAAACCUAAAGUGUUUUGUCAAAAUCACGCAAGUCAAGUGGUAGAACUUGAUGCACAUGAUCUUGCUCCUUCACGCGUUUAUUCUUGGAACGAUAUAAAUCCACUUUUUAGAGGUGAUCAUGCUUCUCCCCACCCACAUUAUGAUGAUAAUACUGGGGAAUUAAUCAAUUUUAACAUGGAAGUUUAUGCAUUGGGAACAAAAUAUAAUUUCUUUUCCAUCACGGAAAAGAAUCCAAAUGGUGAAUUUAUCGCCAGUAUAUCAGCCAAAGCAAGUUAUGUACAUAGUUUUGCUGUGACACAGAGAUUUAUAAUUUUGGUUGUAUUUCCGUUUCAUGGAAAAAAUGCUGGUAUUAAUUUCAAGUGGUCGGAUAAUAUUUUGGAUUCGCUUACUUACAGACCAGAAGAAUCUACACUAUUUUACGUUAUAUCAAGAGCAGAAAAACAGCAUGUUGCUACAUAUAGAUCGGAACCAUGUUUCGCGUUUCACCAUAUUAAUGCUUUUGAAGAUGAUGAUGAUAAUUUAUAUUUAGAUAUAGUAUGCUACGAUAAUACAGAAAUAUGUUAUGAUUUAUCACUUGAAAAUUUAAGAACCGGAUUAGUUGUUGAACUUCCUUUAGCUGAAGUUCGUAGAUAUGUUUUACAAAAUAUUCAAGUUGAAUCAAUAAAAUUUUCGAAAAUACCACAGGCAACGCAAUUGGAGACUUUGCAGAAUACUGUAGUUGGUCUAUUCAAAAAUGUUCAACCAGUUACAUAUCCUUUGCCUGUUGCAAAUUAUGUUCGUUGCUUAGAUUCCACUUUAGAAUUACCAAGAAUCAAUCCAAAAUUCCAUGGUCAGAAAUAUCGUUAUGUCUAUGGAAUUGGUCUUUCGGCAAAAGCUGCCACUCAAGAUGGUCAAAUAUGGGAUUCACUUAUUAAAUGCGAUUUGGAUACUAAAGAGGUUAUCGCUAUGUGGAGUGAAGAAGAUUGUUACCCUUCUGAACCUGUUUUUGUGCCAGUCCCUGGUAAUGACGACGAUGAGGAUGAUGGUGUAUUAUUAAGUGUUAUAUUUGAAGGUCAAAAGGUUAAAAGUUAUUUAGUGGUACUUGACGCAAAAACUUUAUUGGAAAAGGCUCGUGUCGAUUUACCACAAGUUAUACCCUUAUCUUUUGGACAUGGUUCUUUUAGACAAAAUAUUUAA